AUGGAACGUCAAGGAUUGAAUCAGCCACCUUUGCUCGCUAGCAUGGAUUUUGCUCAAUGGAAACUCCAAAUGAGAUCGUUUAUAUAUGGCAUUGACUUCCAUGCAUGGAGAAGUGUCGAACGUGGAUGGAAUCCUCCAAUGAAAGAGGUUGAUUCAAAAGCUCCUGAAGGAUCGGCUAUGCAAGAAUUAAAAGAUGAAGAUGAGUGGACUGACAAGGAAAUCAAAGCUAGUGAAGGAAAUCACAAAGCUUUAAAUGCUCUUUACGCAUCAAUGAGCAGAGAUGAAAAAAAAAGAGUUCAGAAUUGCGUUACCGCCAAACAGGUUUGGGAUAAACUUUGUGUUUUAAAUGAAGGUAAUGAUAUUGUAAAAGAACAAAGAUUACAACAAUAUUAUUCUGAAAUUGAUGCCUUGAAAAUGAGAGAUGAUGAAACUAUUGAUGAUUUUUAUAGUCGUUUUACUGAUCUCUCUAGUUUAUGUGAAAGCCUUGGAAGACCAUUACAAGAAUCCGAUAUUGUAAGGAAAAUAUUACGAUCUCUUCCAAAGUCAUACAGGAUGAAGAAGACAACAAUCCAGGAGCAAUAUAAUCUAAACGAAUAUUCUGUGGACUUGUUGAUUGGAAAUCUAAAGGCUUGGGAGAUGGAGCUGGAUGAGGAUGAAAGACCAAAAGGUAAGAAUUCAAAAAAUAUUGCCUUAAAGGUUACUGAACCCUCAAAAUCAAAGUCUGAGGAUUCUGAACACAAUGAAAUAUUACUGUUGACUAAAGAGUUUAAGAAAUUUUUGAAUCAGAAAAAUAAUAGGAACAAACAAAAUAAUCUUAAUUCUAGGAGAAGUUUUAAUAAUAAAAUUUUUGAAAAACGUAGUGAAAAUUUCUCUCAAAGAAAGUAUGAGUAUGGAAGUAGUAGUAACAACAAUAAGAAAUGUUAUACUUGUGGUGGCAUUGGCCACAUUGCUACUGAUUGUGGGAAUAAAAAGAGUGAUUCAGGUAACAAGGCUUACAAGACAUCUUGGAGUGACGAUGAUGAUAGCUCCACAAAAAGGGACAAAACAUUUGCUCUUGUAUCUUCUUUCUCGUUAGAUUAUGCAGGUUCUGAAAAUGAGGAUCAAGAAGAAGAUGAAGACAACAGCUAUGAAGAUAAUGAGAUGUUUGAAUAUCAAGCAAGAGUUAUAAAAGCUGCAGAGAAAAUUUCUGAAAAAAAUCUUCUAUUAAAACAACAAGUAGAGAUGCUGGAAAACGAAAAAGUGAAAUGGGAAGAGGAGAAACUGCACAUGCGGACGAAAAAUGACUAUGGUGGUCAAGUGAUUGAACGAAAGCAUAUGUUAGCCAAAAUUCAAAUGCUACAAAGUGAGGUAACAGAAAAGAAUAAUUUAAUUGACUUAUUAAACUCUAAACUUGGCAAGUUGCAGGUUUUGCUUGAUGGAACGAAUACCAAGGUUGAAAAGUUUCAACAUAGUUCGAAAUCACUAUCUGAUAUUCUGAGUACAGGAAAAAGCUACAACGAUCGAACUGGACUUGGAUAUACUGGUAAGAGUAGCUCAACUAAAAAUCCGAAUUUUUACACUAACUUUGUCCGUGAACAAUCAGGUUCAAAGGAAUGUGAGAAAUACAUUAAAGAACAUGUAGAAUCGGAAAAACUUCAGACCUCAUUCAAAUCAAAUAUUGUAAACUCGAAUGAUAGGUAUGAGGAAGAUAUACAAGAUAUUCGAAGUAAGUUGAAAGAACAUAGUCAGCUUUUACUUGAUAUCUCUCGUUUUGUUGGCUUGUCUAAAUCGUAUAAAGAAUCUAAACAGGACGCAGAUAUGGUUAGGAGACCUUCAGGUAAGAAGGUUUGGAGAAAAAAAUAUAAUCAUGAUUCCAUAGAAGCGUUUUGUAAUUUGUGCUAUAUUGAUAUAGAUUAUGAAUCGAAUGAUAUUAAGGCUACAUGUAAUGUUGCUAUUACUGCAUUAUCUGCUAGACAAGAAGACACUUGGUAUAUUGAUAGUGGGUGUUCUAGACACAUGUGUGGUAACAAACAUUGGUUUUCUGACUUAGAAGAAUCAGGUGUGACAGGUGCUGUUACUUUUGGAGACGGGAAGAAAGCAAAAAUUAGAGGAAAAUGCUCAAUCAGAUCUCAGGAUCUUAACUGCUUAAAUAAUGUUCUUUAUGUUGAAGGUUUAUCAAAUAACCUUAUUAGUGUUAGUCAAUUAGCUGAUGAGUAUGAAAAUGUCUGGUUUAACAAACGCCGUUGUGUGGUCUUUGACAAAGAUGGUACAGUUGUGAUGGGAAGGGUUAGAUCAGGAGAUAAUUGUUAUCAUGUUGCAUCUAAUUUAAAAUCUGACAACUCGGAAUCGUGUUUCAGGACUAGCUCAGUUGAGGAAACCAUGGAGCUUUGGCAUAAGCGUCUUGGUCAUCUAAACUGUCAAGAUUUGCUUAGACUAUCUAGUCAAAAAUUAGUAAGAGGCUUACCUACAUUAAGUGGUCGUACUGAUGUUAUUUGUGGAGGAUGUAAAACAGGUAAACAAACUCGUGCAAAUCAUAAAGUUGUGAAUGCUUCCUCAUCAUCUCAACCUUUGGAGUUGUUACAUAUGGAUUUAAUGGGACCUUCUGCUACUGUAAGUAUGGCUGGUAAGGAAUAUAUUUUUGUUGUUGUUGAUGACUAUUCUCGAUUUACCUGGGUUGAUUUUCUAAAGGAUAAAAGUGAGACAUUUGAUUCUUUCGAAAAAUUGAGUAAACAACUUACAGUGGAAAAACAACAAGCUAAUCUUCAAAUCGCUAGAAUUAGAUCUGACAAUGGAACUGAAUUUAAAAAUUCCAGAUUUUUUAAAUAUUGUCGAGAUUACGGUGUGCUUCAUGAGUUUUCAGCUCCCAUAACUCCUCAACAGAAUGGAAUAGCUGAACGUAAAAACAGAUCCCUAUUAGACAUGGCAAGGGUAAUGUUGCAUUCAACAGGUUUAAGUGAGAAUUUUUAG